AUGUUGAAAACUUCAUUACCCUCAUUGCACUGUCACAUGAGACAUUCUCUGAUUAGACUUUCAUAUCGUCCUUUAAUGACAAUAAUAGAAAAAGAUAAAAAAUCAAAUGGCAAUUUUCAAUUGAAAACACCAAAGGGAACUCGAGAUUAUAAUGAAAAAGAAAUGACAAUUAGACAAGGUCUCUUUGACACUAUUACAAAAGUAUUUCAACGACAUGGUGGUGUGACGAUUGACACCCCAGUAUUUGAGUUACGAGAUAUUUUAAGUGAGAAAUAUGGUGAAGAAAGCAAGUUAAUUUAUGAUUUGGCUGAUCAAGGUGGAGAGAAUUGUUCAUUACGUUAUGAUCUUACUGUACCAUUUGCACGUUAUUUAGCUAUGCAAGGUAAAAAACCUGAGGGACUGCAAAUGAAACGGUAUCAGAUUGCUAAAGUCUAUCGACGUGAUCAGCCUAUUAUGACAAAGGGUCGUUUACGUGAAUUUUAUCAAUGUGAUUUUGAUAUUGCUGGUCAGUUUGAUCCAAUGAUUCCUGAUGCUGAGGUAUUGAAAGUGAUGUGUGAAGCCCUGGAUGCGGUCAAGGUUCCAUUUAAUAUAAAAAUAAAUCAUCGUCAGAUAUUAGAUGGUAUGUUUGAGGUCUGUGGGGUUCCUAAAGAGCAGAUUCGAUCUAUUUCAGCAGCUAUAGAUAAACUCGAUAAACUUCCUUGGGAGAAUGUAAAGAGAGAAAUGAUAGAAGAAAAGAAGUUGGAUGAGGCCGUAGCAGAUCGUAUUGGUAGUUAUGUUCAACACUUGAACACGACUCAUUCUAUCGACGCUUUUAAUUUAAUUCAUUUACUCGAACAAGAUACACAUUUGAUGGCACACGAGGGUGCUUCAAGGGGCUUGAAUGAGAUUAAACUUUUAUUAGAGUAUUUAGAUGUAUUUAAAAUUCGAGAUCGUGUUAGGUUAGAUUUAAGUUUGGCGCGAGGAUUAGAUUACUAUACUGGUAUUAUCUACGAGGCUGUAACAGAUAAAAGUGAAGGUCUAGGAUCGAUUGCUGCUGGUGGAAGAUAUGAUCAUCUCGUCGGUCUAUUUUCAGGCACCAAUAAGACAGGAAAGCCAAAGACAAUCCCCUGUGUCGGUGUUUCAAUUGGAAUUGAACGUCUAUUCUCCAUCUUAUUGGCUAGACAAAAGAUGGAUACUAUCAAAGCCAAUCCAACCGAGGUAUAUAUCAUAUCCAUGGGGGAUGGACUCUUAAAGGAGCGUAUGGACAUUGCACAAGAAUUAUGGGAUGCAGGUAUCAAUGCAUCCUAUAUGUUUAAAAAUAAGCCAAAGCUUGAAAAGCAAUGGGCCAUUUGUGAUAAAGAUCAAAUACCUUUUGCCAUCAUUGUAGGUAAAGAAGAAUUAGAAAAAGGCCAAGUUAGGAUUAAAGAUAUGAGAUCAAAAGAUGACAAUCAAAGGGGUGGAAUUAUAUUAAAUAGAGAGAAUAUGAUUUCAGAGUUAAAAAAUAGGCUAAAAGUAUUAUAA